UAAAACAAAAUAUAUAAAACCAAACCCAAAACAGACUUCCAUUAACAAUCCAAAAUCCCACUUUCUCCAAAUCCCGAUAAUUUCCCUAACACUCUCUCUCUUUCUCGGCAAAAAAAAAAAAAAAAGAGAAGAAGAAGACAUGAGGGCGCAGAGGAGGCCGAUCCACGCGGUGUCGAUGUGGGUGAGACGACAGCCGCCGAAGGUGAAGGCUUUUUUGGCGGUGGUAUCGGGGAUGGCGGCGCUUGUUCUUCUCCGAUUCAUCGUACACGACCAUGACAACCUUUUCGUCGCCGCCGAGGCUGUCCACUCCAUCGGAAUUUCUGUCCUUAUCUAUAAGCUCACAAAGGAGAAGACUUGUGCUGGACUAUCACUUAAAUCCCAAGAACUAACAGCUAUCUUUUUAGCUGUUAGGCUGUACUGUAGCUUUGUCAUGGAAUAUGAUAUACACACCCUACUUGAUUUAGCCACAUUGGCUACAACCUUGUGGGUUAUUUAUAUGAUCCGUUUCAAACUAAAGUCCAGCUACAUGGAGGACAAGGACAACUUUGCUAUAUAUUAUGUUGUUGCACCUUGUGCAGUACUAGCUCUUCUUAUUCACCCAUCAACUUCUCAUAAUUUAUUGAACCGGAUUUUCUGGGCGUUCUGUGUAUAUCUGGAAGCUGUUUCAGUUUUACCUCAGUUGCGAGUGAUGCAGAAUACCAAGAUUGUUGAGCCUUUCACAGCUCAUUAUGUUUUUGCAUUGGGUGUUGCAAGGUUCCUUAGCUGCGCUCACUGGGUUCUCCAGGUUUUGGACAGUCGAGGUCAUUUGCUGGUAGCCCUGGGUUAUGGAUUGUGGCCUUCUAUGGUUCUUAUAUCUGAAAUUGUUCAAACUUUCAUUUUAGCAGACUUCUGUUACUAUUAUAUCAAGAGUGUCUUUGGAGGGCAGCUUGUUCUCCGUCUUCCCUCUGGAGUGGUAUAAGUGAAGAUGCUGUUUUGCUUUGGUCGAUGGGCUUGCUGCGCCAAAAACUAUAACUUGGUUACAAAUGUGACUGGGUGUCCUUGUUUAAGUUCUGGUUUUUUGCUCUCGACAUGUUCCUCGAGACUGGGAAUUAGUGGAUGUUUUGUAAAUUUCGGGAUGCAGCAACUUUGGGUGGUUAUUUAUAUUAAAAACAUUUCAUAGAUGGAUUAAUUUUUGGUGUCAAAUGCUAAUCUUCUGCUUAUAUUAAGUUAAUUGUUUUGGACUUUUAACUGCAUCA